AGAUGUUUGCCAACCGCCAUUAAACGCAACAACAAGACAAGACUUGAUCAUUUGGAUCAUCUGACAGGAGCUGAACAUUUUUACCACAUUUCUGCAAACAAGAGCUGCUGAUGAGCUCAUCACAGAAGCUGAAAAAAACAUCAGGCUGCUGGAAAACUGCUGGCAGCCUCCGAUAAAACACCCGGGAAACGAACUCAAAGACUCACAUGUCUCAAAUGAAGAAGAAACUUUGACCAUCCGACAGCUCUGUUACCAAGGAAGGAGGUCCAGUUCUGACCCGACGGAAGUCAUGCCUCAAUACACUGAAGAUCAGAUGGAACCAGAUAAUCGAUCUGCUCCAGCUAAACUGGGCGAACCGGGACCUUCGUGGAUUAAAGAUGAACACCCAGAGCCCCUGCUUAUUAAAGAAGAAAAUGAGGAACCCCAGGCCACAUGGGUUAAAGAGGAGCAUAAGGAGUUAGAGAUGGAACUGAGUGAAAAACAGGAUGAACAAGAACCUCCAUGGGUUAAAGAUGAAGAGCCAGAGCCCCGAAUUAUUAAAGAAGAAAAUGAGGAACUUCAGGUAACAUGUGCUAAAGAGGAACAGGAGGAACCAGAGUUGCCACUGAUUGAAAAACAUCAUGAAACAGGAACUCCAUGGAUUAAAGAAGAGGAUGAACAAGCAUCUCCACCAUUUAAACUAAAGGAGGAACCAGAUUCUUUACAGCAGACUGAAUAUUUACCACAUAGAGAGGACCAGAAGGAUCUGCAUUGCAGUCAGGAGGAAGAGCAGCUUCACCACAAGCAAUCCUUCACUUUUAUGGAGACUUUUAGCCAUCAGGAAGUGGAUUUGAUUGAAACAGAACCAGGAAUUCAGCAGCAUUCCUUUCAUAUCUCUCCUUUAGUUGAGACACAAGAUCAGCAAGGAAGAUGCUCCACUCUGUCAGAGAAUAACUCUCAAACUGAACGAAACAAUACUUCUUUCAAAUGUGAUAUUUGUGGAAAAUUUUAUAAGAAUAAAUAUAACUUGAAACAACAUUACAGAGCCCACACUGGGGAGAAACCUUUUCCAUGCAAGACGUGUGGAAAAGGUUUUUUUCGGAGAAGUAGUUUAAAUGUUCACAUCAAAACCCACACUGGUAAGAAACCUUUUAUAUGCAAAACAUGUGGGAAAGGUUUCCCUUGUAUUAAUGAUUUAAAUGUUCACAACAGAACCCACACAGGUGAGAAACCUUUUGCAUGCGAGACAUGUGGAAAAUGUUUUUCUCAGAAUAGUCAUUUACACGCUCACAUCAGAACCCACACUGGUGAAAAACCUUUCACAUGCAAAACAUGUGGAAAAGGUUUUGUUUGUAGUAGUGAAUUAAAUGUUCACAACAGAACGCACACCGGUGAGAAACCUUUUACAUGCAAGAUGUGCGGGAAAAGUUUCUCUCAGAUAAGUCAUUUAAAUGUUCACAUCAGAACCCACACUGGUGAGAAACCUUUCACAUGCAAGAUAUGUGGAAAAGGUUUUUGUCAUACAGGUGGUCUAAACGUUCACAUCAGAACCCAUACAGGUGAGAAACCAUUUAUAUGCGAGACAUGUGGAAAAAGUUUUGCUGUGAGAAGUUGUUUAAAUGUUCACAUCAAAACCCACACUGGUGAGAAACCUUUUACAUGUGAGAAAUGUGGGAAACGUUUUUCUCGGAUAAGUCACUUAAAUGUUCACAUUGAAACCCACAGUGGUGAUAAACCUUAUAAAUGCAAGAUAUGUGGGAAGAGUUUCUCUCAAAUUGCCAAUUUUAAUCUUCACCUCAAAAAGCACAAGUGUGGGAAAGUUUUUCCGUGUAAGACAUGUAAAAAAAGUUUCUCUCAGAUGAGGCAUUUACAUAACCACAUCAGAACCCACACUGGUGAGAAACCUUUUACAUGCGAGAUGUGUGGGAAGAAUUUUUCUCAGAGUAGUAGUUUAAAUGUUCACAUCAAAACCCACAGUGGUGUAAAACCUUUUCCAUGCAAGACUUGUGGGAAAAGUUUUUCUAAAAAAAGUCGUUUAAGUGAUCACAUCAGAACCCACACUGGUGAAAAACCUUUUUUAUGCAAGACAUGUGGAAAAAGCUUUUCACAUACAAGUAGUCUAAAUAGUCACACAAGAACCCACACUGGUGAGAAACCAUUUUCAUGUCAGACAUGUGGAAGAAGUUUCUCUAGGAGAAGAAAUUUAAAUAUUCACAUUAGAACCCACACUGGCGAGAGACCUUUUACAUGUAAGACUUGUGGGAAAUGUUUUUCUCGAAAUGGUAAUUUAAACACUCAUUUAAGAACCCACACCGGAGAGAAACCUUUUACGUGUAAGACAUGUGGGAAAAGUUUCUCUCAAAAUAGCAGUUUAAAUACUCAUCUAAGAACCCACACUGGAGAGAAACCCUGUAUAAGCAGCACAUGUGGAAAAAGUUUUAUGCAGUCUAGUCAUUUUAAUUUUUAAAACCCACACUAGUGAGAAACCUUUAACAUGCAAGACAAAAUGUUCUUCUCAAAUUAGGAAUUUAAAUUUUCCCAUCAGAGCCCACACUGUUGAGAGACCUUUUACAUGCAAGACUUGUGGGAAAUGUUUUCCUGGAAAUGGUCAUUUAAAUACUCAUUUAAGAACCCACACUGGAGGGAAACCUUUUACGUUCAAGACGUGGAAAAUAGUUUUCACAAAAUAGUAGUUUAAUUGCUCAUAUCAGAUCCUCACUGGAGAGAAACCUUUUAUAUGUAUUACAUGUGGAAAAAGGUUUGUUCAGUCUAUUCAUUUAAAUUUCAUGGUAAAACCUACAGGUUAGACUCCACUUCCUUGUAAGACAUGGUAAAUGUGUGGUUCGGAUUGAUAAUGUAGAAGUUUACAUCAUAAUCCACACAUGUGAAAAACCUUUAUGUAAAUAUGAAUCACCACUAGGAGCUCUCACUCAUUCACUGUGUAUUUCUGUGUGGAACUGUCUGUGUAAUUAAAACCUUUCAUAGCAGUGCAAUCUGGAAAAUCAGGCUGUGUUGAGGGGCAUGGCGGCUAAAAAUAACUGGUUUCCCACGCGUACCUCACAGUCCCACCAAAUAUAAACCUGGAUUUUGAUUUUUAAGGCUCAGAUUCAAAAUUUUAAAAGUUUAAACAAUUUCUGGUACUUCGCUCUAUGCAAAAAUAUGAGGCAAUGAAAAGUCACUCAAUCACUUUUAAUAUUCCUCUUAGUGAACGUGUUUUGAAGUAUUAGUUUUGGUUAUUUGGUUGUUUUUUUUGUUUCUGUUUGAUAUUGAUAUUUUUCUGUGAAUAUCAGCCCAAAUGACGUCGUCUUAAAGCAACAAAAAUGUUAUUGGCAAAAUAAACCCCAAGUUAAUCAACUAUGGUAGUUUUCCCCAAAAAAACAACAAUACCCUGGACUUUGUUUCCAAGUUUGAAGACGUUUCGUCU